AUGUAUAGUGUAGUAUGUUAUAAGCCUGGUAUAUUUGAUGAGUCAAUGUCUAGUGUAGUAUGUUAUAAGCCUGGUAUAUUUGAUGAAUCAAUGUCUAGUGUAGUAUGUUAUAAGCCUGGUAUAUUUGGUGAAUCACUGUCUUGUGUAGUAUGUUAUAAUCCUGGUAUCUUUGGUGACUCACUAUCUAGUGCAGUAUGUUAUGAGACUGGUAUAUUUGAUGAAUCAAUGUCUAGUGCAGUAUGUUAUAAGCCUGGUAUCUUUGAUGAGUCAAUGUCUUGUGUAGUAUGUUAUAAGCCUGGUAUCUUUGAUGAGUCAAUGUCUAGUGUAGUAUGUUAUAAGGCUGGUAUCUUUGGUGAAUCAAUGUCUAGUGUAGUAUGUUAUAAGCAUGGUAUAUUUGAUGAGUCAAUGUCUAGUGUAGUAUGUUAUAAGCCUGGUAUAUUUGAUGAAUCAAUGUCUAGUGUAGUAUGUUAUAAGCCUGGUAUAUUUGAUGAAUCAAUGUCUUGUGUAGUAUGUUAUAAUCCUGGUAUCUUUGGUGAAUCACUGUCUAGUACAGUAUGUUAUGAGACUGGUAUAUUUGAUGAAUCAAUGUCUAGUGCAGUAUGUUAUAAGCCUGGUAUCUUUAUUGAAUCAAUGUCUAGUGCAGUAUGA